GUGCGUAACGCGGCCCCAAGCGACGCAUUCAGUGCCGGAAAAGCCCGCGGAUCAGUGGAUGUGUUGGCCAAGACGGACACACACUCUUACUUCGAUCUCGGUGUUGGCCGGAGCCUGGUUAUCAUACCGCCCUUACCACCGCCACCAUGCCGCCCAUCUUCAGGAGAGAGGGCCAAGGAGGCUUCGUGGCCACAGACGACUUCAUCCACUACAGCAGCGCCCCGAGACUCAACACCACACCCCCGACGGCACCGACCUCCUUCUCCAGAGGCAAGCUUACCACCUUCGGUAGUGACACCAGUGCCAGCCACAGCAGCAGCAACAGCAGCACUAGUGGCACCGGCAGUAGCAUCAGCAGUAGCACCAGAGGGAUAGGAUUCGCUACUACCACCAGCUACCUGAAGGGUGCGCGAGUAGCCCCCCGUCAAAGGCACCAGCAGCAGAAGAGAGGGCCAGGAGCAGCCAUGGCGCCCGAUCCAAGAGGUCAAGAGGACAAUGGCUCGGUGGGGUCCAUCAUCGCCGGCCACAGGAUCUCCCUCAACGUGCAUUAUGACAACGAGGAGCCGCAGACAGCAGCCUCGCCUACGGAAAGCAGCGGCAAGGGCGGGGAGGUGACGCCCGUGGAGGAGAGAGUAGCCAGCACGGGGGCCUUGCCUAGGGACGCCGUGGACAAGGCAUCGACGGAGGACUCCACCGUCUCGUCUCUUGACUCCCAGCAGAAGAUUACACACAUUGAUGAAGUGGCGACAGACGAGAAGGGCGACGCUGAAGGAGGGAGCCUCGAGUCACCUGUCCCCUCGUCCUCCUCCCUGUCCGAGACACGCCCGGACACCCCGGAGACCACGUCUGCCGACUCCUCCCCCGAAACUCCUUCAACCUCGACUGCCUCCUCUCCCGCUGCUCCCGAGAUGUUUAAGUCCCCCUUAAAGCAGACCGAGUACCUAAAUGGACCAGACCAGAUAAUUCCAACAGACACCAUCAAGACAUGGGAGCCCAGUGGAGUCACCAAGCUGAAGAUAGGGGACCAGGGCCCCUCGGCCCACACCCCCAUCUCGGUCCCCACCCUCCUCAAGAAGGCAACUCAGAAGUAUCCCAACACUAAUGCCCUGUGUGUGAAGCGAGGGGGUGAGUGGAAAGCCAUUACCUACAAUGAGUACUAUGAGCAGGUCCGAACCAUGGCCAAGGCCUUCAUCAAACUUGGUCUUGAGCCCUACCAUGGAGUGUGCAUCUUGGGCUUCAAUUCUCCUGAAUGGUUCAUCGGUGAUCUGGCUGCUAUCUUUGCUGGUGGGUUUGCUGCAGGUAUCUACACCACCAACUCCCCUGAGGCUUGUGAACAUUGUGCCCGGAACUGUGAGGCUCAGAUCUGGCUGGUUGAGGAUCAGAAGCAACUUGAAAAAGUGCUGAAGAUCAAGAGCCGCCUCCCCUCGCUGCGCACCAUCAUCCAGUACAGUGGCAAGCCCACAGUGGAGGGCGUCAUCAGCUGGGAGAGUGCCAUGGCUCUUGGGAAGCACCAGCCCGACACAGAGCUUGAGGAACGCCUACGACGCAUUGCUGUCAACCAGUGCUGCACACUAAUCUACACCUCUGGCACCACUGGUCCCCCCAAGGGUGUGAUGCUUAGCCAUGACAACAUCACCUGGACAGCACAUGCUAACUGCAUUAAUGCAGAAUUCCAUGCCGGGAAAGAGGUAAUCGUGAGCUUCCUGCCCCUGUCACAUGUUGCAGCUCAGAUGGCAGACAUUUACAUCUCCAUGUAUGCUGGAGCCACAUUAUACUUUGCCCAGCCAGAUGCCUUGAAAGGCAGCUUGGGGCAAACCCUAAAGGAAAUUAGGCCCACCAGAUUCCUUGGUGUUCCUCGUGUAUGGGAAAAGAUACAUGAGAAGAUGAUGGAGGUUGGACGCAAAACCACUGGAGUGAAAAAGUCCAUUGCUACCUGGGCCAAGUCUGUUGGCAUAGAAACAAAUAAUCGCAAGCAGCGACAAGACUUCUCCAAACCAUUUGGCUAUACUAUUGCCAAUGCUGUUGUCUUUAAGAAAAUCAGAGGUGUUCUUGGCCUAGACAGGUGUGAACUUUUCCUCUCGGGUGCUGCUCCCAUUGCUCCAGAUAUAGUGCAAUACUUCCACAGCCUUGACAUACCUCUCACAGAAAUUUAUGGCAUGUCUGAGUCCACAGGACCCCACACCAUAGGCACGGAAAAGGCUUUCAAAAUUGGAAGUGCAGGACGCACUGUGCCAGGCUGCUACACCAAACUGGACAAGCCAGACAAGGAAGGAAAUGGUGAAGUAUGCAUGGGUGGCAGACAUGUAGCAAUGGGCUACCUGAGGAUGGAGGAGAAGACACACGAAGCCAUUGAUGAUGAGGGCUGGCUGCACUCAGGGGAUAUUGGCAGACUGGACAGUGACGGCUUCCUGUUCAUCACUGGCCGCAUCAAGGAGCUCAUCAUCACGGCUGGUGGGGAGAAUGUUGCACCAGUGCUCGUUGAGGACAACCUGAAGGCUGAGCUGCCCUGCCUGAGCAAUAGCAUGCUAAUUGGAGACAAGAGGAAAUUCUUGUCUGUCUUGCUGACUCUGAAGACCAACAUGAACCUAGACACUGGUGACCCCCUGGACACGUUGGCUCCAGCCUGUGUGGAGUGGUGUCGCAGCGUUGGAUCAUCGGCCAAGACCAUUCAGGAUGUGUUGGCAGGGCCCGAUGCCAAUGUCAUGAGAGGCAUCCAAGAAGGCAUUGAUCGGGCCAACAAAAUAGCUCCCUCAAAUGCUCAAAGGAUACAGAAGUGGACAGUUCUUCCAAGGGAUUUCUCUGUCCCGGGAGGAGAAUUAGGACCCACCAUGAAGCUCAAGAGGCCAGUUGUCGUCCAGAAGUAUUUUGAGACCAUAGAGAGGUUCUACGAAGGGUGACCUGUGACUCAUCUCCUUUGAUGUUAAUACUUUGUGGUGCAAGGUGAUGGCUGGUUCAAACUCUAUUAACAGGGUUGAAUCUGAUCAAAAAUUGAAUGUUUUGUUCAGAAGUUUGGUUGGUACUGUAUACUUGUGCAUAUUGUACACUGCAGUUGAAAAGGCAUUAGUUUGAAAACAUACUUCAGGUGCAUUUAAAAUACAUUAAUAUAUUAAUUUAUGAACUAAGGUCUUGCCAUGUGCCAUUUCAGUAUGUGCCUUCUAAAUAUAUAUUGUUCUGUAUUGGAGUGGCCGUUGUACAUAAAAAUGUGAGGUGUCUUUGAGGGCUGUGUGGUGUGUGUUUUGUUCCAUUACUUCCACAGUUUAAAGUGCAAUGCAAGUCUCUUGGCAGUGUGUGGUAGAUACUACUGUAUUUGCUUGAUACACUGUCCUGAGAUCACAUCCUACCUUAAGUUUGCUGUUUGAAGUUUCUACUUGGUCAUGUCCUGGACAGAUGUAUAUUUUUUGACAUGGGUAACCCGUUCCUUGGUUUGAUCAGUGUGAGAACUGUCUGUCUCUUGAAUGAUAACUGUGUUGUCAAUAGAAACUUUGGUGGACCAGUAUUUAGUUAAGUGUGGAGAAUAUACAUAGGUACUCUUUCAUAUCGUGAAAUCUUGCCAACACGUUAAUGAAUAGAUUACAGAUUAUAUUGUACUUACAUUAUUGUUAAGCACAACUACCUACCUUGUUUUAUCCUCACUGCAGUGUGUGGUGAAUGUAAAAAAUAUGGUUUGGUGGGUUGAAAAUAAUGUCAGCACAUGCCAUUGUGAUGGUAAAUGUAUCAAACUAUCAUGUAUAUAAGGGCUAUAUUGUUAUCUUAUUUAAAUAGAAAAAUUGAAGUUUA